CUUCGACAUUCUGACCUAUAAGUUGUUUUCGUUUUGUUUUUUUUUGCCAAAAGAAGGGGGAAAUGGUGAUAUAUUUUUGUAAGAGCGUACAUACCUGGCUAGGGUUUCCAGAUCCGGAGGGACGGCGGACCCCGCCGGCGGCUCCGCUGCCGCCAUCGCCACUGUUGCGGUGCCGGAGUAUGUCAUCGCGCGACGGCGAGGGUCUGAGGAUCCUCGCCAGGGAGACGGCGAAGCCAGCGAACGUGGUCGAGAAGACGGGCCCAGGGAGGCCGGCGCCGGAGAAGCCCGAUCCCGGCGCCCGGGGCCUCCACGAGUGCUGCUACGACGACGGCCUCGGGCUCUGCACCGAGAGUCUCGGGUCCGAGAGCUGCUGCGACGGCAGCGUGGUGGCCGGGGAAGAGGAGGCGGCGGUGGAGUUAGAGGAAAGCUCUUCCGGCGCCGGUGAGGCGGAGGCGGAGCGGAGAUCGAGGAGGGGGAGAUCCGGGUGGCGGAGGGAGGAGAUGGUGUUCCCGCCGCCGCUGAGUUGGCUGGCGGGUAAUGGGGGCCGACGGAGUAAACGUCUGGUGCCGGAGAGGAAGGACGGACGGCUGGUGAUCAAGUUGACGACCGUCGAUCGGCCGGAGAUCUUCGCCGUGACGCGCGAGGACAGGCGGCUCGUAUUGCACCUGAUCGAACCGGAGAUGGAGGAGGAGGAGGAGGAGAGGGAGGCGGAGGCGGCGCCGUCGGCGGAGGUGGCGCCGUCGGCGGAGCAGGAGGAAGGGGAGAGGGUGGAGAGGUGGGAGUGGAGGAUGGGGGAAAUAGAGGGGGUGCGGCGGUGCCAAGAGUCCGUGAGCGGUUACGAGGUGGUGCCGCCAUGGUGGAGUCACCGCGCGACGACGGCGUGAGGUCAGCGGGUCGCGGUGUGAUCACCU